ACCAUCAGACAUGUCGCGAACCUACAGCUGAUCAGUUUCGUUUGUUUUCACGUAACAGAACAAAGCCAGCCUUUAUGUUAUUGUUUGCAUUCUUGGAUAAAUCUCAGUGUAUUUUAGUGCAGACGAAUAAUCUUACAGCCCCAGUACCCAAUAAAAUUAAAUAGUGAUAGUGUAGAACAAGGUAGAAGGAGGUAAUUUGUUAAAACUAUAGAAAUUUCGAUACGUGCAUUUCCUAAUGCAUGAUGCAAAAUAAGUGAAUGUAUUUGUACAACCAGUGCCCCCUACUCGAGUGAGAGUAUAUCAAUUACAGGUCAUUUUGUGAAAUUAUCUUGUGGUUUCUUGGCUCGAGUGAUAAUUUUUUCAUUAUUACAAUGUGGAUAUCGUAGUUGAACGGAAAAUUCUAUCAAGACAAUGGACGUGCAAUAUGACGAAGAUAUUUCGAGGAAUCGUUUCUACCGGAAGCUUCAAGCGGAUCACCAGAUUUUCCUUGAUACGGCGCUAAUUGAAGGGUGGAUUAUUUGUGUACCAAGAAACGGGUCAAUAAACGAAAAGUGUUUGGCGGACCAGGAGUUUUUGCUUGCACAAAUUUUAGUUCCCAACGAUGAACUGUCCGAGACGCAUUUCACCAAUCUCAACUGUGCUGACAUUCGCCUCAAUGAGGGGCGGCUAAUCACUGGUGGGAUUACUGCUCGUAUUCUAUUCGAAGAACUAUUCUACUCUAAAGAUGGAUUGAAAUACAAGAUUUGGUGCCUCGAAAGACCGCUCUGCGACACAGUUCCUUACGGUAUUGUGUUGGAUGAUGAAUUCAGCAGGUUUAUUGCAAUAAAUAAGUUACAAGAUGCUGUGGAUUUCAUAAGAAUAGCAGUGAAGCCACGAUAUGUGUUUUCGAAGAUCGAUGCUGCAGUUCAAAAUUUUAUCAAAACUCACCAGGUUCUCACCAAUUGGAAUUUGAAACAAUAUAAGGGAGACGUGCGAAAACUGCACACGCAAUGUUUGGAAAUAUUGUUGCUGAAUCGAAAGUUUAAGGAAAAAUGCAGGAACGAUGCUCAUCUCAAACAAAACGUAGAGAUAGCUGUGGAAACCUACAUGAUGGAUAAACUAUAUGAUCAUACAAAAGAUGUUAUCAACAUCUGUCAAUUGGAGCAGGUGGAAAGUUUUAAUAAAACUCUCAGAAAUCUAUCGGACAUUCACAUAUCGGAGCUCAGCAUGAAGCGCACCUAUGCUGAUGUAAUUCCCACCGUUAAAAAAGAACUUCUCAGGAUCGACGAUUUUCGGACACCCAUAGAGAAAAUGAACUGUUUGAAGAGGGCUUUUGAGAUAAUAGCGAAGGAACAAACUGACGUCCGAGGAAGAAAUGCAAAUGAGCAGAAAGUAGCAACAACUGACGACGUUAUUCCACUGUUGAUAUUUGUUAUCAUCAAAACCGGUUUAACAAACUGGAUCAUGAAUCUUAUAUUUCUUAAGGAAUUCCAAAUGAACAACACCAAUACCACCACACCGAAAGAAAAAUUUGGGCAGAACACUUACUUAAUAACCACAUUGGAAGCCGUUAUAGUCUACAUCAGCUGCUGUAGCAUCGAGCGAUCGCAACGCCUGGGUAUAGAUAUCGUGCCGAGUGAAGAUACACAGAUACAGAGCUGUCCCGAAAUGAAAUUUCGAAACGCAGAUCAGUUCUUGAACUAUCUCUUCACACUGAUGAAGAAUCACGAAGAAGAGAGAAUCUUCAACAUUUUCCAGGAUUUCAACAACAAAAACGAACCGCAGGGUGGUUCAAAAUAUAAAAAAUGUCAUCCACUUUGCAGCUGUAACAAGUGCGACAUGUUGCCCUAUCAACCGCAUAUUGACGACCGAAAUCAGAACGGUCUGGCGGCGAUUCAUCUCGCCGCUACGCUUGGUAGUCCAAAAUUGCUCACACUCAUUCUGAAUCUGAAACCGAAUGUUGAUGCGGUUGAUGCUAAAAACUGGACUGCCUUACACUAUGCCGCAGCGAACGGACACCAAAAUUUGCUGUUGCUUCUUUUACACGCCGGUAUCAAUAUCAACAGUACGAGCAACGAUCAGCAUACAUCCCUCCAUCUAGCGUGUCUAAAUGGUCACAGUGGAUGUGUCAAGGCACUGUUAUACUUUUCGGAACACAUGAAAAUACAUAUCGAUGUCGAUGCCCAGACGCAAAUGGGCCAAACGUCGCUACACUACGCUUCGAAAUGGGGAUUUUCCGAUAUCGUGGAAACCUUGCUAGAGUAUUCAGCAACAGUGAAAAUUGUGAACCGAGCCGGAGCGACUCCAUUAAAAUAUGCACACAAUUUGAAAAUUGCAAAGUUGCUUCAAGAUGCUUACCAAGCUCAACUGAAACGCCGUAAGACAUCGAAUCCAUAUCCAGUGAUGAGUGAGGAAUUCGUAGUCAUUACGAACGAAGACCUGCAUAGCGAUGAAACAUUUUUGGAAUACCGCAAUAUCGAAGAAAUGAAACGUCUCGAAAAAGCAGUCCUAGCGAUUGCUGCCCACGAUACCAAACUAGCUUGCUUCUAUCUCGGCUUGGACAUUUUCCCACCCACUCCACUUAUUAACACGUUUCCCAACGAUUCCCUAUCGGAGAAAGAUUGUCAUCCGUUAUGUACCUGUCCACGAUGCCUUAAUGAUUCGGCCGAUUUCUACACACUGCUGAGAAAACCUUACGCUUCCAAAACGAACGCAUUAACGAAAGUCAAUCUCAAUGCAACCAAUGGAGAAGGUUACACUGCACUGCAUGUGGCUGCAAUGUGUGGAAAUAUAGAUAUGAUAAACAUUUUACUGGAUCAUCACGUUAACAUAUUGGCGCGUACAAAAUCCGGAGCCACCGCCCUACACCUUGCCUGCCGCGAACGGCGGCUGAACGUCAUUAAGCUUCUGCUGAAUCUGUGCCCUAGCGAGAAGAUAAUCGAUCUGAAGGAUUGCCGCGGUGACACUCCACUGCACUAUGCCGUAGAGCAGAAUCAACUGCGCAUCGUGGAGAUUCUGCUGUGUGCCAAAGCUGAUCGCAGCCUGCGUAAUCUGAGCGGUCAUCGACCGAUUGACAUCGCCCGUACCCGAUUGUUUUUCAACGUUAUGAAUAUUCUGGAGAGAAAACAUUGAUUGUUUUUUUUAAAUGGUAUCAAAGACAUAUCCUAAACACACACAUUUCCGCUGAAAUCGUUUCCGUUUCCGUUACUAUGUAGAUUGUUUCGAUAAUUGUUUUUCAAUAAAAAGUUUAUACUAUUUUACUAUA